UCAUCACCACUGGGCUGCAGAUCUACUCCAAGAGAAAUGGCAGCAGCCUUGUCCCGUGCGCUCAAACUACCAGGGAAAAAGGGCUCAGAGCUGGGUGAGUACGACCCCCUCACCCAAGCAGACAGCGAGGACGAAAGCGAAGAGGAUGACCUCGUCCUCAACUACCCCCGAAACGGUCUGUCCCGGGAUGCAUUCCACAGCGGCGGUUCCGCAAAGCUGCGGGGAGGUCGAUCCGGCCGACUCGUGGCUGCUGGAGACGAGGCGCAGGAAGACGAGGACGAUUGGCGAGAACGGCUUACCAGCAAAUCACAGCAGGAUAGAGACGAUGUGAAAGGCGGGCAGUACUGGAGCCCAUCGAGGGAUGACAGGGAGCAGCUGGGGGGAUCCGGAUUGAGGGUUCAUGGGACUGAUGAGGAAGAGAAGAGGAUGAGGAGGAAGAAUACUGUGCGGGCAUCCUUUUUUCUGCUGCCUCUGGUCUGCGCCAUGCUUCUCGUGCUGCUUUGUGCUUUCCUCAUUCCCUGUCAGAAGGGAGCACUGGCAAAGAGGCUGCAAUGGGAGAGAGCACUAGGGGAUGCAGGAGGUGUAACUCCACCGGCACUGGCAUUAUGGGAUGUUAACGGUGAUUCAGUGAAUGAUGUGCUUCUCAGUGUCUCCGAGUUGACCAAUGACACACAUCCAACACAAGGAAACAAAAUUUACAGUGCCGUGGUCCUGUGUGGUGCUAGUGGGCAGCUGCUAUGGAGGAAAGUCAUGUGGGAACCAGUCAUGUACAUCCAGUGUGGACUAAAGAUUAGCACUAAACCAUUACCCGUGUGUCUCCUCAUUGGGAAGUCUACCAUUAUGGCUGUUAAUGGCACCACAGGGGAGAAUUUGUGGUCCGUGCUACUGAGGAACAUUGAAUCCCAGGCGGUGUUAGUCCCAGAUCUCCAGGGAGACUCAAUCCCAGAUCUGCUUAUAGCCACCCUGCCUGCUGAUGAGUCUCUGGAUCUGUCACUGACUUUAAUUUCUGGGCUGACUGGAGCCAUACUCGGUCAUUCGGUGUCAUUCAACCUCACUGGACAAGGGAAACUGAUUGGUCCUCUUUUGCACGAAACGCAACUGGGGGCACCCUACAUUCUGUUUGGCUUAGGUAAUGUUGUGGCUAUCUCACUGCGGGAUAUCUUCCGCCGUGCAACGGGUAAGCUACCAAUGACUGCCGCUCUAAGACGAAAAGAUCCUGGAUGGGAGGGAAUGAAGAAAACAAAUUCCUCUUCCUUUAUACACAUUGUCAGAGGGUCUGACCGUGUGGACUUCUUGCUACCCCUAGUGGCUGGUUUUGGCACCAGCCAUAACAACCUGGACACAGUCUCCAACCUGAAUUCCAGUAAAAGUGAUUUGGUGUUAGUGUAUGGCUUCAGUAAGAUCUCUUUGCUCAGACAGAAGGAUGUACACAAACAGUGGACCUUUAACUCUGCCCUCAUACGCAGCCAACCAACUCCGGGACACUUCAAUGAUGACGGAAUCCUCGAUCUUUUCUUUCAGCACUCGGCAAAUGGCAUCAUGAAGGCCCAGGUAGUUGAUGGGGCAAAUGGUCAUCUCGUCUGGACAGCACAGUUUGCGUGCCCCCAUCUGGUUUUGGAAACGGCAGCCAUCUCCACUUCGACUGGCCAAUCGGUUUUUGUUUUCUGGGCCAGUGAGCCAAUCAGAGAAGAGAGGAAUAUCACCAAGGCAACUGUGGCUCCAGGUGUUGCAGCAGCAGAACCAGUCAUCAGAAAGUUAUUCUUGUUGCACCCUGCUUAUCCCACAAUCCUGCUGGAGCUGGCCAGUACAACUGAUACUGCGGUCGCGGCUGCAGUGAGUUACGAGGAGCGCCAGAAAGACGCUACCUACAUCACCGUAUCCUCAAGGCCGACACCCGACUCAGCCCCCGGCGCUCGCAUCGUGAAAAGCAUGAGGCUCCGCGCGGCCAUCGCUAAAGGGCAAAUAGUUCCAUUAGGCCAAAGUAACAAAACUGGGACGGAUCUAAAACCUGACAUGUUUGAGCUCAACAUGUUUUACGGACACCUUUUCUUCAAACAACAGAAUUUGCACGCCUACCUUUACUGUCCCUUUAUAUCGGCGCUGGGUGGCGCUGUUGACUCAUCAAAUUCUGAACGUGGCUGUUCCGCAUUGCUGCCGUGCUUCAUCCAAACGCGGUUUAUCAUGGCGUCGGCCUUGGGUCGUUUUGGUUGGGGUUCAGCUCUCAAAAACGUCCUCGCAUCACCGGUAACCACCGUGACAGCGCGCCGAACGGCUGUGUGCUCUUCUUCUGGGGCCAUUCUGCCCAAACCCAAAAAGACCCCAUUCGGCAUUUGGCGGAUUGCGGCGGUAGUGGUGCCCUUCUUGUAUGUGGGGACUCGAAUCAGCAAGAACUUUGCCGAGCUCUUGGAGGAACACGACAUCUUUGUCCCAGAGGACGACGACGACGAUGAUUGA